CCAUGAAGUUGGCUUUCUUGUCGUUUUAUUUCAUCACCCAAAUUUAAAAGUCUCCAUCUUUACACUUCUUCAACUCUCCUCCACCACCACCAUUGCCACCACCACCACCAACACCAUUUAACACACACUUUCGUUUUUAGUGGAUUCUUAAAGUUGCGUUUUAUUCAUUUUUUCUUGUGUUCACUGUUUCUGAUAACCUCAGUUUUCCUAAAUUUAUAUUCUCUAUAAAAAUCCUUUGGUACUUAACAUUCUCAAAGUUGAAUACUUUAGUUUGGUCUUUGAGCUUCUCAGAAAAAAAUAAAAAAGUCACCUUUUCUAAAUGGCUUCAUCUGCAUUUGCUUUUCCUUCUUACAUAAUAACCAAAGGAGUUUCAACUGAUUCUUGUAAAUCAACUUCUUUGUCUUCUUCUUCUUCUCGAUCUUUGGUUACAGAUCUUUCAUCGCCAUGUCUGAGACCCAACAACAAUUCCCAUUCAAACAGAAAGGCAAAAGUGUAUGCUUCACUUGCAGAGAAGGGUGAAUAUUAUUCAAACAGACCACCAACUCCAUUACUUGACACUAUCAACUACCCAAUCCACAUGAAGAAUCUAUCUGUCAAGGAACUGAAACAACUAUCUGAUGAACUGAGAUCAGAUGUGAUCUUCAAUGUGUCCAAAACUGGUGGACAUUUGGGGUCAAGUCUUGGUGUUGUGGAGCUUACAGUGGCUCUUCAUUACAUUUUCAAUACUCCUCAGGACAAGAUUCUUUGGGAUGUUGGUCAUCAGUCUUAUCCUCACAAGAUUCUUACAGGGAGAAGAGGAAAGAUGCCAACAAUGAGGCAAACCAAUGGUCUCUCAGGUUUCACCAAGCGAGGAGAGAGUGAGCAUGAUUGCUUUGGUACAGGACACAGUUCAACCACUAUCUCUGCUGGCUUAGGAAUGGCGGUAGGAAGGGAUUUGAAGGGGUUGAACAACAAUGUGGUUGCUGUGAUUGGUGAUGGUGCCAUGACAGCAGGGCAGGCUUAUGAAGCCAUGAACAACGCUGGAUAUCUUGACUCUGAUAUGAUUGUGAUUCUUAAUGACAACAAGCAAGUCUCAUUACCUACUGCUACUUUGGAUGGACCAAGUCCACCUGUUGGAGCAUUGAGUAGUGCUCUGAGCCGGUUACAGUCUAACCCGGCUCUCAGAGAGUUGAGAGAAGUCGCAAAGGGUAUGACGAAGCAAAUAGGCGGUCCAAUGCACCAAUUGGCUGCUAAGGUAGAUGAGUAUGCUCGAGGAAUGAUAAGCGGUACUGGAUCGUCACUGUUUGAAGAACUUGGUCUUUACUAUAUUGGUCCAGUUGAUGGGCACAACAUAGAUGAUUUGGUAGCCAUUCUUAAAGAAGUUAAGAGUACCAGAACCACAGGACCGGUACUUAUUCAUGUGGUGACAGAGAAAGGUCGUGGAUAUCCUUACGCGGAGAGAGCUGAUGACAAAUACCAUGGUGUUGUGAAGUUUGAUCCGGCGACGGGUAAACAGUUCAAAAGUACUAACAAGACUCAGUCUUACACAACUUACUUUGCGGAGGCAUUAGUUGCAGAAGCAGAGGUAGACAAAGAUGUGGUUGCGAUUCAUGCAGCCAUGGGAGGUGGGACUGGUUUAAAUCUCUUUCAACGUCGCUUCCCAACAAGAUGUUUCGAUGUUGGAAUCGCGGAACAACACGCAGUUACUUUUGCUGCGGGUUUAGCUUGUGAAGGCCUUAAGCCCUUCUGUGCAAUAUAUUCGUCCUUCAUGCAGCGUGCUUAUGACCAGGUUGUACAUGAUGUCGAUUUGCAAAAAUUACCGGUGAGAUUUGCGAUGGAUAGAGCUGGACUUGUUGGAGCUGAUGGUCCGACACAUUGUGGAGCUUUUGAUGUAACAUUUAUGGCUUGCCUUCCUAACAUGAUAGUGAUGGCUCCAUCAGAUGAAGCAGAUCUCUUUAAUAUGGUUGCAACCGCUGCUGCGAUUGAUGAUCGUCCUUCUUGUUUCCGUUACCCUAGAGGUAACGGUAUUGGUGUUGCAUUACCUCCUGGAAACAAAGGUGUUCCAAUUGAGAUUGGGAAAGGUAGAAUUUUGAAGGAAGGAGAGAGAGUUGCACUGUUGGGUUAUGGCUCAGCAGUUCAGAGCUGUUUAGGAGCAGCCAUAAUGCUCGAAGAACGCGGAUUGAACGUAACUGUAGCAGAUGCACGGUUUUGCAAGCCAUUAGACCGUGCUCUCAUUCGCAGCUUAGCUAAGUCGCACGAGGUGCUGAUUACAGUUGAAGAAGGUUCAAUUGGAGGAUUUGGAUCGCACGUUGUUCAGUUUCUAGCUCUAGAUGGUCUUCUCGACGGGAAGCUCAAGUGGAGACCAAUGGUACUGCCUGAUCGGUACAUAGACCACGGUGCACCAGCUGAUCAACUAGCUGAAGCUGGACUCAUGCCAUCUCACAUCGCAGCAACCGCACUUAACUUAAUCGGUGCACCAAGGGAAGCUCUGUUUUGAGAGUAAGAGUAUGUUGGCUAAAACAUAUAAUACAAAAUGCAACCAAAGUUUCUUAUAAGUACUGAUUAAAACAAGUAGCAGAAAAAGUCCUUUGGCAACAGCUAUGGUGAAGAGUGAAGCAAAGGCAAAGGUUGUAUAAAAAAUUAGUGUUAUGAUAUUUUUUUUUGUUUGUAAUUUUGGUUAGAGUUGUACAAUCAUUUAACAUCUUGUAAAAAAAAAUCUGUUACAUUUCUUUGUGUGUGUCUUCAUUUAACCUUUGUGUGAGA